AUGAAACGAGCCGCAAUACACGACGUGUGCUUGCAUGCGAAAAUGUUCGCUCCGGAGAACACAACCGUGAAGAAGUUCCUCUCACUAGCGCCUGAACCACCGUCACCGCAGGCUGUCGAAUGGAGUCUUGAGUUUCUUGAGGUUUGUUUCAUCACCGCUUUUCAGUCUGAUCCAUCGCGUUUCACUGGCGUUUUUAUUUGA